GGGGUGUCCAUCUUGAUAACGCGAGGUCAUUGACAUGCGUGCAUAUUGCUCAUCUGAUCUCGUGGAUCUGUUCACUCAUCAGAUGGACACUUUUUCCCUAACGUUCACACGCCCUACAGACCAUCAAUCACCAUGUCGUCAAACCAAAACCAGACACAAUCAAUCCUCACCCCACCACCAGAGACGCCAACAGCCCUACUCCCUAUGCACAUGAUCAUCACUCGCUGACGUGACGCCCUAUCGACUCGACUCUCUAUCUGUCCUUGUCAGCCUUCCAUGCUCUCCUCUGCACACAUGUCUCCUGGCUCCUCACCCUGUCUCUCGGAUAGGUGUAGUGCAGCAACGAAUAAAGCACAAAACACACGGCCCAGGGCACGGUCGUGGUGCAGAACAGAGCCUUCCCCAGCGCAGCGGCAUUGCGCUCACGCAACCGCUCGUCCAUGUCGGCUAUUUUCUGCGUGGUCUUCUCGUAACCAAAGACGUUUUCGGAUAGAAUUCCGACCAGUGGGGCCCCCAGCAAGGCUGCGGCCGUGAUGUCACAUGCAGAGCACUGAACGCACACACGUACAUACAUACAACGGACCCGCGCUGCCUUCUUUUCGUCUGCCUGGCCGAUUGAUACGCACCCAUGAGAAGACAGUAGCCCUGUAAUCGCUCUGCACGACUUCUGCGAGCAGCGGCCUGAUGACGGCCACCCCCGCCCAGCCGGCGGAGAUGCCGAUCAUCAGCCCCAGCAGCACGAACCAUGGGAGAGAGGUUGGCUGGCGUGGGAUGAAUAGCAAGAGGAUGCACGACGCAGGCACCUUGAUAGCAAUGCCUAUCUGGCCUGAAAUGCGCAGAUCGACACACGAAACGGCCGCCACCACACUCGUGUGUCUCAGGAUGCUUUUUUGGCUACCAAGGUAUAUUCUGCCAUGGUCGGCCGAGAGUUUGUAGAGCAUGUCGCCGAGGUAUCCCCCCAGAGGUCCUGCCGCAGCGGCGGUCAUGAGGACGGCGCCCAGGACGGCCGCGGCCACGAAGUCCUCCAGACGGCAAUACUGGAGGAACAUCACGAUGAACGAAAUCGCUGACCAUGGGAUAUGCGAAAACAUGCCCUGAAUGGGUGCGCACGGCCGCACAUCUCAUCUACACACACGUGUGUUGACACUUAUCUACCUCCCCAACAUACAUACCUGAAUAACGAUUACACAAAUUGUCGGCAAGCGAAAGUAGGACAAGGCCUCGGCGAGCCUGUACUGCGUCGGCCGUCUGGGCAGCUGCUGGCUCCCAUCGCCUUCGUCACCUGGCGCACUGCCCUCAUCGUGUGCAGCAGGAAUGGAUGGCGGCCGUGAGGGCAGCUUCCGGUGAGGGAGAGUCCUCCGCGGCACGUCGCCAGCACCAUGGAGAUCAUCAGCCCCACCAGCAGACUCAGAAUGCCCACCGAUGCAAACGCCACACGCCAACCCUGUGGGCACAGACGAGACAGGCAUAUAGACAAGCAGACAAAGACGGGUUAUCAUCUCCUCGCGCCUGUGUCUCUGACUGAGUCUUGUUACAUGCGUUCCCAUGAUGUUGAGGUUUGAUAUGGAAGUGGUGUAUACGCCCCCCACCAGCCGCCCGAUGCACUGCGACAAGUGGAUGAGCCCAAAGGCCAGUCCGUAAGAGUCCCUCUGGAAUAUGUCGCUCAGCAGCGACUGUGUGAUGGGCGAGACAGAGGCGAGCGCCACGCCAUUGAGCGCCCGCAUCAACAGAAUGGCCCACAGGUGGGCAAUGGUCGCCAGCGCCAAAGUUGUGACACCCCAGCACAUGCACCCUGUUGCCAGCACGAUCGGCCGUGAGUGUGUGUCGGCCAGCGUGCCCGAGAGGGGCGAGAACAAGGCGAAGCACAGCGUCUGGACAAGCGCGAUGGUGCCGAGAGUGGCCGGCCCGAAUUGCAGGUCGGUCUCCAGUGCUUUGAAGGACGCGGGCAGGAGUUGGUCGUCGCAUGAGUCGAGUCCGGCCGUGAUGUAAAGGAAGAAGAGUGAGCGGAAGGCCACGUGGCGGCGAGGAGACGUCGGCUGUGUGGACGGCGGACCUCUCUGGACGACCCUCAGGCUGGACUCCAGCAGCAGUGGGGCAGCUUCCACCUCCUCUGCUUCGGCUGCUAUCAUCUCAAUGGCAUCACCUGGCUUGCACUACACCGCUGCAGCCCUGAGAGCACACAUGUGGACACGUCACUUCCUGCCAAGUUCCUGCAACGCCAUGGCUGCAACGCUUCCCUUCUGCAGUGGGGCUCACCUCGCACUGGCCUUUCUUCACGGCUGCGAGGGUGCAGAGAUUCAUACGGCAUCUGGCGGGCUUCCUCCGGCCUUCUGUCACCAUCAUAGCGGCCCGAUUUGGG